GCCUUGUAAAAUCAAACCUUGACCCUUUCUGUUAUCUCAAUCUCUGCUUAUUGCCAAUGGAAAUCCAGUUCCAAGAACAGCAGCGGCUUCUGAGACCAAAUAUUCCUAUUAGCAAACUCAAGGGGAGAAAUAAAAGCAACAAUAAAGUUAACAAGUUUGUUGGUGUAAGGCAAAGACCUUCUGGUAAAUGGGUAGCUGAGAUCAAAGACACAACAAAGAACAUCAGAAUGUGGCUUGGCACCUUCAACACGGCUGAAGAAGCCGCUAGAGCUUACGAUGAAGCUGCUUGCCUUCUCCGCGGUUCCAAUACUCGCACCAACUUCGUUACUCAGGUGUCGUCUGACUCUCCUCUUGCAUUUCGGAUCCGAAAUCUUCUUAACAGAAAAAAGGGAGCUAAGGAACCAAGUGUUUUAGCCUCAGCCCCCACAACAAGUACCACCCCAAGUUUUAGCCCCAGCAGUAGUAUUAUUACUACUACUAGUAGUAGUAGUAGUAGUGGUAGUUCUUCGAAUUGCGGUGGAGGCUUCAGUAAUGAGAAUUCUUCUCCUAUCGAAAUUGUUCAAGAUACUCAACUCUUUGACGAUGCAUACAAGCCUGACAUGAGUAACUGCACAAGGGAAUUGGAGUCUGCAUCUUCUGAACCAGAUUUUUCUUAUACCUCUGAAUCAGGGUUUGAUAGGUUUCUUUAUACAGAAGAAAACAUGAAUUUGCCCAAGAAUGUUGUUUUGUCUGAGGAAACAGGCUCCGAGUUGACAGAAUUCGAGAGGAUGAAAGUUGAAAGACAAAUCUCGGCUUCACUUUAUGCUAUGAAUGGACUGCAAGAGUGUCUCGAAACUCUCCAUGAUCCUGCUGAAGCCUUGUGGGAUCUUCCACCGUUAUGCUCUUUGUUUUCUUAAAUUCUUGAACAUGAUCUUCAUUUCCGUCUUUGCUUCCAUUUAUCCUUGUAAAAUCAAGAGAGUAGAUGAUUUAGAUUUAGUUGCAUGUUGUUGUAGAUCACAGGGACAAGAAUAACAGGCAGAGAUUAGAGAUGAUCUCCAUUUUGUAAAAUGUCAACUAUUCCUUUGGAAGGUCUCAUCCAUCUCUGAAUACAAAAAUGUCUAAGCAAUCAUGCUGAUUUAAUUAUGACUUUAUAUCAUUAAUUUUUUAUGCCAAACGAGGUUAAGAUA